AUGAACUUUGGCGACAUUGAAAACUCAGUUUACGGCGGAAAUCUCGAAGAGGACGCCGAGUUGCUCGCCGAGCUCGCCGCCAUUCAGGAGGAAGAACUCGGCAAGACCAGGUACGGCUCUUUUUCUUAAUUUAUCGAAAAACCUAGAAAAAUUAACGUCCUCCUUCAAUUUUGUUCAAAAAGACAGCAGAAACUGUUUACAGACGCGCCACGGCUCCGCCUGCUUCCCGCGGAGCUCCUCCACCGGCUCGCCGAGCCCCAGACGUUCCGGGCGUGGAUCCGCGUGCUCUGGCGGCCGCACUCGCCGACGAUCACGGCGAAACGGACGACGCGGAGCUGGAGAUGGACGACGAGUUGCUCAACGAACUGGCCGGACUCGUCGGCGGCUCCGGCUCGGCCCCUUCUGCUCCGCCGCCGCCUGUUCCCACGAGAAGUGCUCCUCCGACGGCUCCGACUGCUCAAGCCCCGCCCGCCGCUUCUCUGGGCACCGACAAUACUCAAUUGCAACAGCUCCGACAGCUUCAUGCGGUUUACUCGAAAAUGCACAAAGCCGCCGAGCAGGCGGGCGAAUCCGCAAAAGCCAGAAGGUACUGAAGGGACACUUCGCAACCAAAGAUGGGACGUUUUGCAACCGAAACCUUGCAGUUUUAAGAUUAGGAAUACUAUUUUCUGGUUGUGAAAGGUCCGUGAAAAUGGGCUUCAUCGACAAACGCAUUCUUCGAUGAAUUGUAGAUGAUUUACCAAUAUUCAUCGAUAAACCACAUAAUAUGUUUGUAGAUACAAACGGGCCGUCGACAAGCUCACCGAGCUGAUCGGCGCCGUCGAAAAGGGCAAAAAGAUAGACGCGGCGGAGAUUCCGGUGGCGCCGCCCAACUUCUCGUUCGAACCGGCCGCGCAUCCUUCGGCGACUGUCGCCCAAUCGGCGCAUCACUCGCACGCGCCGCCCAUCCGGGAAGCCGGCCACGCACCGCCGCCGCCGCCGGUCCCCGAAAGGAAGGCGCCGCCCCCGGUCCCCGAGCGGAAAGCCUCUACUGCUUCCGUUUCCGCACCGGCGGAUCCGCGGAAAGCGGCCGUCUUCCGCGUGCUCCAACACCGCCGCAACUUGUACGUGGCAAACGGAAAGGCGGCGAUCGCUGCGGGAGACAAAGAAUCGGCGAAGGAAUCGGUCGGAAUUGCAAAGGCUUUCGAUCAGGUGAGGCUUUUCCCGAAAUUCGCAUGGAAAUUAGGACAUCUCGCAACUGGUCCGUUAGUUUCGAACAAUUUCAGUUUUUUUCAGGCGAUCGCCGCUCUGGAUCAGUGCUCCGCCGACGAAAUCGACCUGAACGAAGUGCCGCCGUCGCCGCCGCCCUACCGAAAGACUUCUCCGGCUCCUGCGGCUCCUCCAGCUCCAACUCAAGCCCCGCCCACUCCGGUCGCAUCGGUCAAAACAUCCGUCGGCGGUGGCGGAUCCUUCGUCGAAUGUCUCCAACAACGGCAACAACGAUAUCUGCAGAUGGCGCAGAAGGCGAAAACGGAGGGGAACGAGCGGAAAGAGCGGAUGAACGCGCGUCUGGCCGGACAGUACGCGGACGCGGUCAAGGAGGCGAAGGCCGGGAAAACGGUGGCCGUGGCCGAGCUCCCAACUCUUCCAGACAUGCCGCCACUCCCUCCACAGACUUCUGCCGCGAAUCCGCCCACGCACCUCCAUCAACGCCCCGCGCCCGCGCAAGUGGGACCACUGGCGCCGAGUGGUCAAGAGGGAAAAAGUAGGAAUUCGGCGCAACUCGAGUUUCUUCUGCAGCGGCAGGCACAGUUCAAACAGGCGGCAAUUCAUGCGAAAUCGCGUGGAGACGUCGAAACCGCCAAGAAAUAUCUUCUCGAGAUGAAAGGAUUCGAUAAAAUGAUUCAGGCGGCGCAGGCGGGGAUCCCGGUCUCGAUUAAGGAAACCCCGAUGCCCCCGCAGUCGCACACUUCACAGGCCACACUGGAACCACGCAUUCGGGCGGCCGCUUCAAGUCACGGAGGCCUCGAAAACAAGGGAGAACGACUGGCGCUGCUGGAGAAGACGCUGAUCGAGCAGGUGCGCACCGCCGAGAGCAACCAGAUGAGGUUCACGCGGCUCGGAGACGUCGGAAAGGUGCGACUGUUCGAGCAGUGGGGCAAAACGGCCAAACAGGACCUGCUGCUCGUGAGGGAGGUGGCCAAGCAGGGACUCAACCUGCCCAAAUUCCAUUAUGAGACACGGCAGAUUCCGUCUGCCGAUUUGUUCCCCGACCUGGCAGAGGACGUCAUCGAGAUGACCAUUCUCUCGUGCAGGUGAACUAUUUUGUGAAAAAGAUGUUCUGUUAAAUCUGAAAGCGACAGACUUUCAGUGAAUACCGUGAAACCGGAAAUGUUUCUUGUGAAAUCUUCAGAUCAAAUACUAGAUUUUUGUAGUUGACGCCUUUUUUGUACCAUCACUUUCUGAGGUACUGCAGCUCUUGGACGUUUUGGGAAACGUUAAAUUAUCUUGGAAAUUUCUGACCCCGUUUCCAUUUCAGAGACGUUCCGCUACCAUCGGGCUACGAGAUGCACCAUGCGAACGUUUUCGUGAAGUACUCGUUCCCGCCGGUGGUCUCCGAUCAGCCGCAGACCGGAAAAACAAAGACGGUCUCGGCGACGACGUCGCCGGAAUACUCGGAGCUCGUGAUGCUGCAGAUCGGAAGCGGAAAAUCGAGAAACAGCAAACUUAUUCGCACUUUUAAACGCGUCGGCAUCAAAUUCGAGGUUCGACCACUGGCACCGCCUAUUUUAAGAAAAAAACUAUUGCAGGUCUACCAGAAGGGCGGUUUUAUGCGCAGCGACAAGUUGCUCGGCUCGUGCGAAUGGAAAUUGGACAAGCUGGAGCAGUCGGCCGAGAUGGAAGAGUCGUUGCCGUUGAAGGUCGGUCCCAGUAGUUCGGCUGACCUAAUUUUGUGUUUUAGGACGGUCGCAAAGCAGUCGGAGGCCUUCUUUCGGCGAAAAUUCGCAUCCGCGAGCCGAUCGGCGACGCGAAAGCCCAGUCGAUCACUCAGAAAUGGCUCGUUCUCGACAGCUAG